UGUGUGUGUGUUAACGGAGCCUCUGCGCACAGUGGAUACACUGACACCAUGGAUAGAACGCGACUCUUUCAUGGUUAAAGCGUCACAAUGAGGGAUACAAGUAAAACGCUGUGUUGGGAGAGGGCGAGUUAAUGCCUUUGCAGAGGACUUUCGGUGAAGUUGAAAGGGAUUUGGCUUCUUUGGAAGUAUGGAGCUAUCGAUAUAUUGGAUGUUGCUCUGUGUCCUGUUCAGUGUGCCGCUCGCGGGAUGUUUGGAGAUACACCUUUCGGAUACUUUACAGCCCGGGACCCUUUUGGCAAACUUGUCGCUCGGCCCCGGCUGGACGUACAAAAUCGACAGGACUUUGUCUAAUAACUUCAUCCAGGGGUUUUUUGAUGUCGAGAGGCACGGCGGGGUUGUCCGUGUGUCCCGCGGAGUUCGGUGUGCGCUCACGCCGAGGAGCCCUGCGGUUGUUUAUUUCAGAACAUGCUCCACAACAUCUGGAAGCGCAAUUCUGACACAGUUUAAUGUGUUCGUCCACGGCCAGGACUGUUUUAUAAAAUACAAGAGAAAGAACGCGCCAGGUAAGACGCCAGAUAUUCAAGUUAAAUACCUUUCAAAACUGGGGGCAACUUCCUGCUUGCCUGCAGGUAGAUUACUUUUGAAUGUAACAGAACUUUUGCCUGCCUUUACGCGGAACGCCGGCUUUUUGGACAGUUUGUGCGCAGGGGAAGAGUUGAGCGCGGUGUUCAGAAACGGGGAUUUGUUCUUGUCCAGUGACUUCUGUUUUGAGAACACGGCACAAUCCGAGGUGAGUUUGCUCUGCGCGUUGCACGGCUCUCCGGGCGGCGGGCUCUCCGUGCGGCUCGAUCUGACUCUAGUUAAAGUGAACGGACCGCAUGGAUCCCUCUCCGAACACGCCAGGAAAAGAAAGUCGGACACGCUGAUCCGCAGGGGGAAGCGACAGGCAAACGCGCCCCCCCAGUUCCAGCUCCCCAGCUAUCAGGUGUCCGUGCCCGAGAACGAGCCCACGGGCACGCGGGUCAUCACGCUGAAAGCCACUGACCCGGAUGAUGGAGAGGCAGGGAGGCUGGAGUACAGCAUGGACGCCUUGUUUGACAGCAGGUCGAAUGAGUUUUUUCACAUCGACUCUCAGACAGGCAGCAUAACAACCGCCCAGUCACUAGACAGGGAGGUCCGAGACACCCAUCUCUUCAAAGUCACUGUAACUGACAAUGGCUCUCCGAGGAGAUCCACCAAUUCUUACCUCACUGUCACUGUAAGUGACACUAAUGACCACAACCCCGUGUUUGAGCAAACUGAAUACCGUGUUAAAAUCCGGGAGAACGUUGAAGUGGGGUAUGAAGUAAUGACAAUCAGGGCCACAGAUGGGGAUGCUCCCUCCAACGCCAACAUGAUUUACAAAAUUGCUAAUGGCAAUGGGGUUAACUCUGUGUUUGAAAUCGACCCCCGGAAUGGACUGGUGAAGAUCAGAGAGAAGCCUGACAGGGAGACCCGAGCCAAAUACCAGCUUAUUGUAGAAGCCAAUGACCAGGGGAAGGAGCCGGGUCCUCGCAGUGCCACUGCCACCGUCAAUAUCUCUGUUGAGGACGAAAACGACAACUACCCACAGUUCAGUCAGAAGAGGUACACCGUGCAGAUCCCAGAGAAUGUCGCGAUCAACACCAAAGUCGCCCAGGUGGAGGCCACAGAUAAAGACGAGGGGAAUAACGCGAAAGUCCAUUACAGCAUCAUCAGUGGCAACGUCAAAGGGCAGUUUUACAUUCACUCCCCCACCGGUGUAAUCGAUGUCAUCAAUCCUCUGGACUACGAGAUGAUCCGUGAGUACAAUCUAAGAAUAAAGGCCCAGGAUGGUGGAAGGCCUCCUCUGAUAAAUGGCACCGGGAUGGUGGUGGUGCAAGUGGUGGACGUCAACGACAACGCCCCCAUGUUCGUCAGCACGCCAUUCCAGGCGACUGUUUUGGAAAACGUGGCAAUCGGUUACUCGGUGAUUCAUAUUCAAGCGAUUGACAGCGAUUCGGGGGACAACGCUCUCCUGGAAUAUCGUUUAACUGGCACCGCGCCUGGUUUCCCGUUCACGGUUAAUAACAGCACCGGCUGGAUAACGGUUAGCGACGAGCUGGACAGGGAGACCACCGAGUUCUACACCUUCGGCGUGGAGGCCAGAGACCACGGGGUGCCUGCGAUGUCCUCCUCGGCCAGCGUCAGCAUCACGGUGCUCGACGUGAACGACAACGUGCCGACGUUCACGGAGAAGACCUACGCGCUGAAGAUUAACGAAGACGCCGUGGUGGGGUCCAGCGUCCUGGCAGUGACCGCCGUGGACAGGGACGUCAACAGCGUGGUGACCUAUCAGAUCUCCAGCGGCAACACCAGGAACCGCUUUGCCAUCACCAGCCAGAGUGGCGGCGGCCUCAUCACGCUGGCCCUGCCCUUGGACUACAAGCAGGAGCGCCAGUACGUGCUCACGGUUACCGCCAGCGACGGGACGCGCUACGACACCACUCAGGUGUUCAUCAACGUGACGGACGCCAACACGCACCGGCCCGUCUUCCAGAGUGCGAACUACCAGGUUAUGCUCGGCGAAGAGAGACCCGUUGGCUACACAGUGGUCGUGAUCAGUGCGACAGACGAGGACACGGGAGAAAAUGCUCGCAUCACGUACGAAAUGGAGGAUAACGUGCCUCAGUUUAAAAUCGACCCAGACACAGGUGCCAUUACGACACAAAUGGAGAUUGAUUAUGAAGACCAUGCCUCCUAUACGUUAGCCAUCAUUGCCAGAGACAAUGGGAUCCCUCAGAAAUCUGAUACCACUUAUGUGGAAAUUAUCAUUCAGGAUGCUAAUGACAACACCCCUCAGUUUCUUAGGGAUAAUUACCAAGGGGCUGUUUUUGAAGACGCACCUGUCUACACCAGUGUUCUCCAGAUCUCGGCCUCAGAUAGAGACUCCGGCUCAAACGGCAGGUUGAGCUACACAUUCCAGGGCGGGGAUGACGGAGAGGGCGACUUCUUUAUCGAGCCGUACUCCGGCAUCAUCAGAACCGCUCGCAAGCUGGACCGGGAGAACGUUCCCGUGUACAACCUCAAGGCCUACGCCGUGGACAGGGGGGUCCCGCCGCUGAAGGCUGCGGUUCCCAUUCACGUGGUUGUCCAAGACAUAAACGACAACGCACCCGUUUUCGAGAGGGACGAGUUGUUCGUCGACGUGAAGGAGAACAGCCAGGUGGGUUCAGUCGUCGCCCGGAUCACCGCUCUGGACCCGGAUGAGGGCACCAACGCUCAGAUCAUGUACCAGAUUGUGGAGGGGAACGUCCCAGAAGUUUUCCAGCUGGAUAUUUUCAACGGCGACCUCACCGCCCUCACAGACCUGGAUUAUGAAACUGAGAGGGAGUAUGUCAUUGUGGUCCAGGCCACCUCGGCACCACUGGUGAGUCGGGCCACGGUGCACAUCCGUCUUGUGGACAUGAAUGACAAUACGCCAGUGCUGCAGGACUUCGAGAUUAUUUUCAACAACUACGUCACCAACAAGUCCAACAGUUUUCCAUCGGGAAUAAUAGGGAAGGUACCGGCUCAUGACCCGGAUGUGUCGGAUAAACUACGGUACAAGUUUGAAUCUGGGAACGAGCUAAGUUUGCUGCUGUUGAAUGAAGACACUGGGGAUCUGAGAUUAAGCAGGGACCUGGACAAUGACAGGCCCCUGGAAGCACCCAUGACCAUCUCUGUCUCAGAUGGCAUCCACCGCGUCGUGGCCCUCUGCACGCUGCGCGUCACCAUCAUCACCGAUGACAUGUUGACCAACAGCAUCACCGUGCGCCUGGAGAACAUGUCCCAGGAGCGCUUCCUCUCGCCCCUGCUCAGCCUCUUCCUCGAGGGCGUGGCGGCCGUGCUCGCCACCAAGCGGGAAGCGGUGUUUGUGUUCAACAUCCAGAACGACACCGACGUCCAAGGCUCCAUACUCAACGUGACUUUUUCAGCCCUGCAGCCCGAAGGGGAACAGGGCAAAGGGACGUUCUUCCCGUCUGAGGAGCUGCAGGAGCAGAUCUACCUCAACAGGACUCUGCUCAGGCUCAUAUCCUCUCAGGAGGUUUUGCCAUUUGAUGACAACAUCUGCCUGCGGGAGCCCUGCGAGAACUACAUGAAGUGUGUGUCAGUGCUGAAGUUCGACAGCUCCCCUCCCUUCAUAGCGUCGGAAACGGUCCUGUUUCGCCCCAUCCACCCCAUCAACGGGCUGCGCUGCCGCUGCCCUCUCGGUUUCACGGGAGACUACUGCGAGACGGAGAUCGACCUGUGCUACUCGGGACCCUGCAAGAACAACGGGAGAUGCCGCAGCAGAGAGGGAGGCUACACCUGUGAGUGCAUGGAAGACUUCACAGGCGACCACUGCGAGCUGAAUGCGUCAUCGGGAAGCUGCAUCCCUGGUGUUUGUAAGAACGGCGGGGAGUGCGUGAAUCACCUCGCCGGUGGCUUCAUGUGCCAGUGUCCCGAAGGAGAGUACGAAAAGCCCUACUGCGAGAUGACCACGCGCAGCUUCCCCGGGCGGUCCUUCGUCACCUUUCGAGGCCUGCGGCAACGAUUCCACUUCACUGUCUCCUUCACGUUUGCAACAAGAGAGAGAAACGCUCUGCUUCUAUACAACGGCAGAUUCAACGAAAAACACGACUUCAUCGCUUUGGAAAUUAUUGACGAGCAGAUCCAGCUCACCUUCUCAGGAGGAGAAACCAAGACCACCGUGGCUCCCUACAUACCAGGCGGGGUCAGCGACGGCCAGUGGCACUCCGUUCAGCUCCAUUACUACAACAUGCCAAACAUCGGGCGUUUAGGAAUCCCUCACGGACCCUCUGGAGAGAAGGUGGCUGUGGUCGCCGUCGACGACUGCGAUAUCUCCAUGGCGAUCCGCUUCGGAAAGCAGAUUGGCAACUACUCGUGUGCCGCCCAGGGAACCCAGACUGGACAGAAGAAGUCACUGGACCUGACAGGACCCCUGCUGUUAGGUGGAGUUCCCAACCUACCCGAGGACUUCCCCGUCAGGAACAGAGACUUUAUGGGCUGCAUGAGAAACCUCAGCAUCGACAGCAAACCCAUUGACAUGGCUAGCUACAUCGCUAACAAUGGCACCACAGCAGGCUGUCCAGCAAAGACAAACUUUUGCACUAACGACGUCUGUCAGAAUGGAGGAGUGUGUGUCAAUAAGUGGAACACCUACAGCUGCGACUGCCCGACUGGUUAUGGAGGCAAGAACUGUGAACAAGUAAUGCCAUCCCCUCAGUUCUUUGACGGCCAAGCCCUGAUCUCCUGGAGCGACACGGACAUCACUGUUGCAAUUCCCUGGUACAUCGGCCUCAUGUUCCGAACAAGGCAGCCAGCCGGAACCUUGAUGCAGGCCAAUGCUGGACUGUCAUCCACUAUUACUCUUAUGGUGAGUGAGCAGCAGGUACGCAUGGAGGUGAUGCUGAGGCAGCAGCUCGUGGCCUCACUAGGCUUCCCCCAAGUCAGGGUCAAUGACGGCGAGUGGCACCACUUGCUGGUAGAACUGCGAAGCAUUAAAGACGGCAAGGACAUCAAAUACAUGGCUACUGUGUUCCUGGACUACGGCAUGCACCAGCAGAAGUCAGUGGAAAUUGGUAAUGACCUCCCAGGGUUAAAGCUGCAAACCCUUCACAUAGGAGGUUUGCCUGGAAAGGGAAACCACGUCAACAAAGGAUUUGUUGGCUGCAUACAGGGCGUGCGCAUGGGUGAGACCUCCACCAAUGUGGCCAACGUGAACAUGGCUCGAGGCUUGAAGGUCCGCGUCGAAGAGGGCUGCGACCUGGCCGACCCCUGCGAUUCCAACAUCUGCCCUGAGAACAGCCACUGCAGCGACGACUGGAGCACGCACACCUGUGUCUGCGACCCAGGUUUCUUUGGAAAGGAGUGCACGGAUGCCUGCCAUCUCAACCCUUGUGAGCACGUUUCCACCUGCACCCGCAAACCGAGCUCUUCCCAUGGCUACACCUGUGAAUGUGGACAGAACUACUAUGGACAGUACUGUGAAAACAAAGUGGAGAGGCCAUGUCCUCAGGGCUGGUGGGGCAGUCCUGUGUGUGGACCUUGUAACUGUGACACCAGCAGAGGAUUCCACAAAGACUGCAACAAGACCAGUGGAGAGUGUCGCUGCAAGGAGAACCACUAUCAGCCAGAAGGUGAAGACACAUGCUACCCAUGCGAGUGUUUCUCUAUUGGCUCUGAAUCCAGAACAUGCGAUCCAACGUCGGGGCAGUGCCCCUGCAAAGGCGGAGUCAUCGGUCGCCAGUGUAACCUCUGUGAUAACCCCUUCGCUGAAGUCACACCCACCGGAUGUGAGGUGGUGUACGAGGGCUGUCCCAAGGCAUUCGACUCAGGCAUCUGGUGGCCCAAGACCAAAUUUGGACUCCCUGCAGCCACGAACUGUCCCAAAGGAUCCAUAGGUACCGCCAUCCGCCACUGUAGCAAUGAAAAGGGCUGGCUGUCCCCUGAACUCUUCAACUGCACCACUAUCACCUUCUCCCAUCUCAUGAAACUGAACGAAUACCUGCAUCGCAACACCUCCAGGAUGGACAGUGAACACUCCAAGAACAUUGCGCAUAUGCUCUACGGCGCCACCAAUAACACCGAGCACUACUACGGCAACGACGUGAAGACGGCCGCCCAACUUUUGAACCGGGUGCUGCAGUACGAGAGCCGGCAGUCGGGGUUCAAACUCACUGCCAUGAGGGAUGCAGAGUUCAAUGAGAACUUGGUGCGAGCAGGUAGCGCCUUGCUGGACCCUGACAACAAGGAUCACUGGGAGUUCAUGCAGAAGACUGAAGGUGGCACGGCUCACCUGCUGCGUAACUUCGAGGACUAUGCCAACACCUUGGCGCAGAACGUCAGGAAAACCUACCUGAAACCCUUCACCAUCGUUACAGAAAACAUGAUUCUUACCGUGGACUACUUGGAUGUGUUGGACCCUGAGAGGGCGACUUUACCUCGAUUUCCCGACAUCCAGGAGCCCUAUUCUAGAGAACUCGGGUCCUCCAUCCACUUCCCCCAGUUCAAUCUCUACAGUCAGGGCCACAGAGAGCCAACCCUCGCCGCUCCAACUCAGACCGAUUCCCCACAGGAGGAACACACAGUGUCCGAUAGGAAACGGAGACACCUGGAUCCAGCUGCCCCUUUGCCGGUUGCUGUGGUGAUAGUGUACAAAUCACUGGGGAAGCUCCUACCAGAGAGAUACGACCCUGAUCGCAGGAGUCUGAGGCUCCCCAACCGCCCCGUUAUCAACACAGCCAUCGUCAGCGCCACGGUGCACAGCGAGGGUCCUCCUAUUCCUCCUGUCCUGGAACCCCCGGUCACCUUAGAGUACACCUUGCUUGUGGAAGAGGAGAGAACAAAACCUGUCUGCGUUUUCUGGAACCACUCCAUAGCGAUCGGCGGAACAGGCGGCUGGUCCUCUAAAGGUUGCGAGGUGCUCAACAGGAACAACAGCCACAUUAGCUGUCAGUGUAACCACAUGACCAGCUUUGCUGUCCUCAUGGAUAUUUCCAAGAGAGAGAAUGGCGAUGUUCUGCCCCUGAAGAUCGUCACCUACACUACGUUGUCAGUCUCCCUCUUCCUCCUCCUGCUCACCUUCAUCUUGUUGUGCCUCUUGCGCCGGCUCUGCUCCAACCUGCACGCGAUCCACAGGAACCUGGUGGCAGCGCUGUUCUUCUCUGAACUGGUGUUCCUCCUUGGCAUCAAUCAGACUGAGAAACCGUUUGUAUGUUCGGUGAUAGCCAUCCUCCUCCAGUACUUUUACCUGUGCACCUUUGCCUGGAUGUUCGUGGAAGGGCUCCACAUAUACCGCAUGCUGACCGAGCUGCGGAACAUCAACCACGGCCACAUGAGGUUCUACUACGCCAUAGGCUGGGGUAUACCAGCUGUGAUUACAGGUCUGGCAGUUGGUCUUGACCCUGAGGGUUAUAGGAACCCAGAUUUCUGCUGGCUCUCCAUCCAUGACCAUCUCAUCUGGAGCUUCGCAGGACCAAUCUUUGUCGUUGUACUGGUCAACAUAGUGAUUUUCAUCCUGGCUGCAAAGGCCUCAUGUGGUCAUAGGCAGAAGGCUGUGGAGAGGUCAGGAGCAAUUCCGGCACUCCGAAUGGCCUUCAUCCUUCUGGUACUCAUCUGUGCGACCUGGCUGCUUGGCCUAAUGGCGGUCAACAGUGACGUAAUGACCUUCCACUAUCUGUUAGCUGUUUUCAGCUGUCUGCAGGGAGUCUUCAUCUUCUUCUUCCAUGUGAUCUUCAACAAAGAGGUAAGGAAGAACCUCAAGAACUUCUUCACAGGGAAGAAGAGCAUACCAGACGAGUCCAGCACCACGAGAGCAUCUCUGCUCACACGCUCUCUCAACUGCAACAACACGUACACAGAGGACGGGGCGUUGUACCGCUCAGGCAUCGGAGAGUCCACUGUCUCCCUCGACAGCACACUCAGGUCAGCCAAGAGCCGCAGCAGCUACCUGGCAUUCACACUCAGGGAGGAGUCUGGUCAGAAGCCCAGUGUCUCCUCAGGAACAGCUAAAGGACACACAGACAUGGAUGGACCUCUGUUCCACAGAAAGGGCACCAAAGGAGAUGACUCUGACUCUGACAGCGAGCUGUCAGUGGAUGAACACAGCUCCUCCUAUGCCUCCUCACACUCUUCUGACAGCGAGGAUGUUGACAUGGAUGUCAAGCCCAAGUGGAACAACGAGAGACAGCCAAUUCACAGCACACCUAAAGUGGAUUCAGUAUCCAAUCAUGUGAAGCCUUACUGGCCAACAGAGGCCACCACAGCCAGUGACAGUGAGGAUCAUGGUGGGGCCGAGAGGUUAAGGGUAGAGACCAAGGUGAAUGUGGAGCUACAUGCGGAGAGUAAGCUCAACCACAUUGGGGAAAGAGAGAAGGAGACUCUCCAGGAAAGAGACAAACAAACAGCCGGUAAUGUUAGAGACAUAGCGCCCACUAGCCAGCCCAACAGCAACAGCACCCACCAACCAGAGCAAAGAAAAGGUAUCUUAAAGAACAAGAUCAGCUACCCUCCUCCACUGGCCGACAAGAACAUGAAGAACCGCCUGAGGGAGAAGCUGGGCGACUACAACACCCCGACCAUUACCUCCCCGCCUCCUCCGAACAACAACCACACGUCUCCAUCACCUCCCUCCUCUCUCAACAUCAUGACCCCUUCCUCCCAGCCUCCCGCUCUGGCCCUGAACGACGGCAGUCGCCCGAGCAACCACGACACCAGCGCCCCCGUCAAGCCGCCCACGGGGACAAAGCCGCAGAUUCCCACCGGGCCCCCACCGGCGGGCAUCUACCGAGAGACCAACGGAGGGGUCGCAAUGCAUUUGAAGACAGAGGCACUAAAUGGAGGCAACGAGUCUGACUCAGACGGCAGUAACGAGACUUCAAUCUGACGCGCUAGGACAACGCAGAUCGGCCCCGUCUUUGUGAGAGAUGGAAUGCAGAACCUGAAUGCCUGACAGGUUUCUGCAGAUGGUUGAAAUUUGGGGAAGUGGGGGGGGGAAAGUAUUCUCCGAGUCAGUCAAUCAAUCCCUCCUUUAAUGUUUCCUCUCUCAGGAGAGCAGUAUUAAUUUGCAGACUUUAAGACUGCCCAAGACAAGACAAUGAAAAGACAAUGGAAAGACGUGAGAGAAAUUAAAAGGGAAAGCUAUGUUGGACUUUACCAAGAGAGGAUACAAUGGAGCCAUAUGUGCCAAAAAAAAGCCACUGUUGGAAUGGAGACGAAGAGUCAGAAGAUGAAAAAAAGAACCCCCGGGCCAUGAUGCACUGCAAGGCACAAAUUGUUGUUGAUGCGUGGUGGUUGUGUAUGUGAUGGCUCUUUACAUUGCCCUAUCAUCAAAGCCUGUGUGGCGUAAGUGGACAGCGUGUUUCUCCUGAAUAAAGGCAGAAGUUUAUUUUCCUGUGCGUGAACACGGAGUCAAUCGUGCACCGAUGCAUUUUGCUGUCCGAAAAGAUUUCAAGAACUGCAAAUCCCUCGAUAGAAGAGUCAGACAAAAUCGGAUGCAGCCCGUUCUUGUUGAUCUAUUGCCAUAUCCAGUGGGGCUACUACACAUCAAGGGCUCUUUUUCUUUCCCGUUUAACUCAAACGAAAGGCUUCCUCAGCCUCUCAAUGCAGUGCAUUUAGAGUGUAAUGAAUGAGUAGAUGUUGUGAAAUGUGAAAGGCAAAUGAUUUCUUUCUUUUUCGAGCCGUAGCAAGGACACUUUUUGAAACAAAACAAAUAUUUUGACUGUAAAUUGGAAACGCUUAUCAAUCAUAAAAAUCACUUGACUUGCUAGUAGUGUUGCAGUACUUGAAAGCAGUCUCAGAUCUCAAGACCGGGCUCCAGACCACUUUAUGAAGUUCUCAGAGUCUAAAUCAUUUUUACUCAGUCUUGUCUUGGUUAUGGAAUAGGCUGACUCCAGAUCUUAAAUCAAGACCAGUCAAGACCACCACUGUUAUUUUUCCAUGUCAUUACUGUGAUUAGAACAAAAAUGCCCCUUUCUAAGAGAGGGAAUAACUUCCAUUCAUUCAUAAUUAAAUUUUUAUUCCCCUGGUUACAGCUGCAACCUUCCCGGUGUUACACUCCCAGUGCACACAAGAUGAUGAUUUUCCAGUGAUAUUUAGGGUUUAGGGCUUGUCUCUGUCUCGCCAUGCCUUGGUCUUGACUUGGUCUCAAUCCCUAAAUGUAUCGGUCUUGUCUCAGUCUCUGAGCACUCUGGUCUCGGGUAUAGUGGUCUUGACUACAACACUAUUUGCUAGUUGAAUCAGCUGACAACAUGUCUCCACUGUGUGCCUUCAACCUGAAUCUAAGCCUUAUACAGACACUCACAUAAUGGAUGCAAGACUUCAAUAUUCAUGUUUAAAAGUAACCUAACAUGCCGGAAUAGUACACCCACACACACACUGAGCAAAAUCGACUCCGAGACAUUAUUCUACUUAAAAGCCUUUUGUUCCUCAUUUGAGCACUAUGAACCCUAAGCCUUCUUUCCUAGUGUCCAUCCUGCCUUUGUGUCCAAUACAACACACUCCUGGUUACCAAAGUCAUGAAAUACAGUGAAUGUGCACACUGACGCUGGAGUCAGUUCACCUUUCAUUCUCUUCUGUUUGUUGAAUUCAAGUAUUUUGGACACAUGCUUUCUUUUCAGGUAUUUGAUGAUGGAUCACAGCUGAUUAACAUUUGAAGUCCGAACAUGACAAAGAUGGACCUUUCAGAAUAAAUAAAGAGUCGUUAUCUAUUGCUGAUUGUCUGAGUUCAAAAAAUUAAAAAAUUAUGCCAACUCUUGUGCAUGUUGCAGCUAAUAUGAGGAAACUCAAAUCUUGUUUACCACUCACUGAAUGCCUUUUUAUUAUACUGUACGUGGUGUACAACCCCAGUGUUUAGCCCUCGUGUGAUCAAUGCCGUUUGUAAAAUGUCCCCCUUUUUUUUUAUUGAUCUGAGACACUGGAAAUGUUUUUGUAACAUAAUGUAUAUUUAUUUUUUAUGCUUUGAAGACACUGGAAAGUAAAGACUAUUGUCUCUGUAAAAUUAAAAGAUGACAUGAAUGAUUUUUAA